AUGCCAGCUGCUCUGAUGGAAGACCAUACAGGAGAUGAGAAUAUUGGCAGUCACGAUGGGCAAGCCUCUAGGGAUCCACACUGGCAAUGCAACCAUGUCCUUGAUGGAUGCGGUUGUGCGGUGUGGUCAGUACUCAUGAUCAGCAAUUGGUUGCUCUCUGGAUCAGGAGAUGGCAGAAUCUGCAUGUGGAGUUUGGGGCACUGGGAGUCCACCCAAUCAAUGCUUGAGGGGCAUACAGAUGGAGUGGCGUCGUUGGCUGCAAAUGACAACUUUAUUUUCUCUGGAUCUGCUGAUAAGACCAUCAGGGUGUGGGAGCUUGGGACCAGGGAGACAGCACAUGUUCUGGAAGGGCACACUGAUUCUGUGUUGGCACUGGCGGCAACAGAAGACCAUUUGUUCUCCGGUUCUUGCGACAAGAAUAUCAUUAUGUGGAGGAUUGGAACGUGGACAUGCCAGCACGUGCUUCGAGGGCACACCGACUAUGUGCGCACAUUGGCUGUUAGCGACCGUUUCUUGUUCUCUGGCUCCAAUGACAAAACCAUCAGAAUAUGGAGAAAGGAGGAUGGGGAACACCAGCGAGUGCUUCAAGGCCACUCCGAUUGGGUGUUGUCUUUGGCAGUCAGUGAUGACUUUCUUAUAUCAGGUUCUGAGGGAGACAUUCGUGUUUGGAGUCUGGACUCAUGGGAUUGUGUCAGAGAGCUGAGAGAGGACACUAAUGGGGUGAAUUCAUUGGCAGCCAAGGGCAACUUGUUGUUUUUGGGAUUGCAGGACAUGACUAUUCGUGUGUGGAGGCUUGGCACUUGGGAAUGCAUCAGAAUCCUUGAAGGGCACACUGAUUGGGUGUAUGCAGUGGCGGUCACUGAUGAGCGCAUUUUAUCUGGGUCUCGCGAUGGGACAGUCCGGGUAUGGGGCAAAGUUGGGUGA